UAUGACUGAACUUUUUUUUAUUUACUGAGCAGUGUAACUGUAACCAGAGCUGUGUGAUAUUAAAAGGUAAACAAUGAUUUUCAGAGUGAUUCAAUUGCAUUCUGUCUUGAGUAAAAAAUAUCGAACAUUUUCAACGAGACCAGUGACAAGUAUCUUUAACAGAGAAGGAUUUAUCAAAGAAGUGUUUCCGAGUGAUGCAAGGCCACAAAUUGAAGAGCUUAUAAAUGCUUCACCGCAGCACAUAUACGCGGGUUUCGAUCCAACAGCUGACAGUCUGCACGUUGGAAAUCUGUUAGUAAUCAUUGGAUUACUUCAUUUCCAACGUGCCGGUCAUCAUCCUAUUGCAUUGGUGGGUGGAGCAACUGGGCAAAUAGGGGAUCCAAGCGGAAAAUCUAACGAGCGAAAUGCCCUCGCACCCGAAGAACUCAAACAUAAUUUAUCGUGCAUAAGAAAGCAGCUACACAAUAUUUUCGAAAAUCAUCGAAAAUAUUUGUGGAAUAAACAAGGAAAAUUGAAUCCAGUCAAAAUUGUUGACAAUGCUGAUUGGUAUGCAAAUCUCUCAUUCAUCGAUUUCAUCGGAACCAUCGGCCGGAAUUUUCGAAUGGGACAAAUGAUGCGACUUACUUCAGUUCAAGAGAGAUUAGAAUCGGAGGAAGGAAUCUCUUUUACUGAAUUUUCUUAUCAAAUUUGUCAAUCUUACGACUGGUGGCAGCUGUAUAAAAAACAUAACUGUCGAUUACAGUUGGGCGGAUCUGAUCAAUUGGGCAACAUUAGUGCCGGUCAUCGUUUAAUCAAACGAAUGGGAAACGAAAAAAGUGCAUAUGGCAUUACGUUGCCAAUAUUGACGACACGAGAUGGCAAGAAAUUUGGGAAAUCAGAAGGUAAUGCUGUUUGGCUUGAUGCUGAGAAGACCUCACCGUUUUCGUUAUAUCAAUUCUUUAUCCGGACACCUGAUGAUACAGUGGAACACCUUUUGAAAAUGUUGUCACUCUAUUCAUUCGAUGAAAUUCAUGAAAUUAUGACCGAACAAAACAAAGCCUUACAUUUGAAAUUUGCGCCAAGAAAAUUAGCCGAACAGAUGUGUCUUUUGAUACAUGGAGAGAGCGGAUUGAAGACAGCCAAGCAAGCUUCAGCAGCCUUAUACGACGGAGACUUUACCGUAUUAUCAUCACUGAGUCAGAAAGAAAUGAAAAGCAUUUUCGUUGGAGCCACAGUACAUGAUGUUAUUCUUGAACAAGGAAUGACAGUUUUGGACUUAGCUCUAAAAGCGAAAAUCUACAAACACGAACGUGAAGCGACGAGAUUAAUUACACAAGGUGGAUUCUACAUUAAUCAAAAUCGAUGUAAAAAUAUUUCCGAAAUGAUAUCGCCCACCGUACACAUUCUAGCCAACAACUUCACGCUCCUGCGGACUGGAAGUCGAAAUUUCUAUCUCAUUAAUUGGAAAUUAUAAAAAAAAGUCAUUGUAAUAUAAAAAUAGUUUUUGGAAUUAAAAAAAG